AUGAUCACAGCUCUUCAUGACGAAAUGGACCAGUUUUCUGGGCCCAAGAUGUUUAUCCUGGUGUCAACCAUCAUGACGUGGGCUAUGACUAAACCAGCUAAUAAAGAUGAUCCAGAGAUUCCUUUUACAGAAGAGCACUACAGUAGAAGAAAAGCCCACCCCAACUUCCAUGAUCAUAUCGGUUUGGAGCAACUUGUGGUCAAAUUUGGCAAAACUAAAAGCUCCCAGUUCUCUACAUAUGUUGUUGCAUCAGGGCUACAGUAUGGAAUGGGAGAACACAUCUUUAAUUUAUUUUUUAAGAUGUCAUGGUUGGGUGAAGUCCCCCAGGUGCCCAUCUUUGGAAAUGGCUCCAAUUUUAUCCCCACUAUUCACAUCAAUGAUCUGGCAGGGAUCAUCCAAAAUGUCACUGACCACAAGCCAAAGUCACAAUACUUUGUUGCGGUUGAUGAUUCCAAAAACACAAUGGAGGAUAUCAUAAAGGCAGUAACACUCAUGCUUGGACCAGGAGAAACUCUGAAUGUUUCAAAAGAGGAGCUCUAUCUCAUACGUGAUCUGACACAAACAGAUAUUGAUUCUGUGCUUGUCAACCUUCGUAUUGAAGCAACAUAUCUGAAAGAGAAUUUGAACAUUCAGUGGGUGUCAGAAACUGGCAUGGUUGAAAACAUUGAGCAGAUUACUGAAGAAUACAAGCAGACUAGGGGAUUGUUGCUCCUUCGUAUCUGCAUCCUGGGACCACCUGCUGUUGGGAAGAGCACUAUAGCGGAGAGGAUAUGCAAGCAUUACAAACUUCAUCAUGUUAAGCUUAAGGAGACAAUCACUGAAACAUUAGAAAACCUGGAGUCGUGUGUUCGUAUGGAGGAUGCGGAAAACGAUCAGAGUGAAGCUCAGGAGUUUCUCGAAAACAUGAAUCAGAAUGGAGGAUGCCUAGAUGACCAAUUUGUGAUUCGUAUAAUGAGGGACAAACUCAGUACUAAACCCUGUGUGAACCAGGGCUUUGUUUUAGACGGUUUUCCAAAGACAUAUGAGCAGGCGAAGGAGUUAUUUACUGGUGAUGAAGAGCCUGAGGACUUGCAAUCUAAACAUGAGAAAAAGAUCAUCCCAGAGUUUGUGUUCUUUGUUGAUUCCACUGAUGUUUUCCUGAAAAACCGCGUUCUGAAUCUACCUGAGACUGUUGUAGAAGGAACUUCCUACACUCCUGAACAGUUCCUUCGCCGCUUGGCCAAAUUCAGAGAGAGAAACGUAGAGAAUGAGACGUUGCUGAACUACUUUGAAGAUGGAGAUUCAUCCUGAGCACUUAGAGAUUACAAGCCACAGCCAUAUCACCCUGCAG